AUGAGCGCCAAGAAGCAUUACGCAUUUAGAGAUAUGACAUGUCUUUUGAGUACUGUACUCGAAAAGGCGAAAGAAAACUCUGCACUCAAUGGUAUACUCGAACAGAAGGUGAAACGUGUACACGUUGAGUUUUUCCCCGGUGAAAACCAGAGAAAACCUCAUGUUGUAUUACGACUUCUCAUUCAAAAAGGGGGGAAUGUCAUGGCCUUGCAGCAGGACGGUAACUGGGAAUCUGCUGGGAGCUGCAUGUUUGAUUCAAACAACCGACAACAAGUUGAUGGCCUUGAUCCCGGAGUUGUUUUUCGGGUUCACAAGGUCUUCAAGGGACAAACCUGGGAGAUGCAUAGGGAUAGCAUCAUAUCCUUCAUGUACGACGUGGAGCCUGUACAUACGAUCAAGGAUUACGUUGAUGUUGUACUUGGCAAACAUAAAGACCUUCCGGAUGGACACAAGUCAAAUCUAUCCUUGUUUGAUCUUGCGGGUGUGGAUGAGAAAACCCUAGAUGGAUGUCGCGAUGUCGUGUCUCAAUGGGUCAUCAGGCUUCAUAGAAUGGGAUUCAUGAACUGGGCUGCUGACCGUAUCAUGUUGGACGACAAGGUUCAAUGUGAAAACUUCCCGCAAGAGUUCCACAAAUUCAUUGCGAGGGGGUUUAAGGAUCUCCAAACCGGGUUGAAUAGGUUGGGCACCAGUUCCCUGGCCAAAAUGACUGAACAUGACAUUCCCAUGCGCUUCGGAAGAUUUCAGGACCUUACAGUUGAACGGAUCAUUUGCUACGGCGACUUUACUCUUCCUUAUGGCUUCCCAACUGCGACAAGAACCGAAACCCGCGGUAAUUGUCUCAUAGUUCCUUGUCCAAGCACCGCCGUGGACUUGCAACAAUAG